GAAGUAGGACCUGAAAAACGCCGGAGUUUCGCUUCUGUAAGAGUACUUUGUGGUUUCAUGACUCGCGUCUGUUUCGGGUAGUCGAAUUAUUACGGUAUGGCUGAUGUGGGUCUAAGUUUAGAUGACAUAAUUAAAAAAUCGCAAUCGUCAGGAAUGAGAAGCAAAGGUGGAGGUGUGCGUAGAAGAAUUAAUAGGGGAGCACGUACAAAUGGUUCGUUACGAGGACGUGGCUCACAAGUCAUUACUGAUGCACGCUUUAAAAUUAUACAAAAGAAUCGGGAGAAACUUACAGAUGCAAGAGAUAAGCUUGCUGAAAUUGCGAAACAGAGCGAUGCUAGAUUAAAAUUAGACAAGAUUCGUGCAUCUCAACUGAAAAAAGUUGAAUCACAGUUGCCUGGAAUUUCUCGAAAAACAGGUCGCAAUGGAAGGCUGUCUUUAUCAACUAAUAAGCUGCCUCCAAUCAUACCACACUCUAUACCACCUAAUAUUCCAAAUAAUUACAUGCCACCUCCAACAAGAGCUGUAGGUUACAGGCCACCUCCGCUCACAGAACCUCAUUAUAUGGGUGAUAUGAGUAUGGAUUUCAAUGAUGAUUAUUUGAUGGAUACAGCACCUUUAAGAAGGACUGUGAGUAACGAAUAUGCACCCACACCACCACCUCCGCCUCCUGUGUUCAGUAUUAAACCUGCAUCUCCAUAUACAUGGGUAAAGCCAACAAGCAGUAAUGUAACAAGAAUUGUACCUUCUCGAAAACCUGAUGUUGAUCGAGAGCGGGAUAGACCAAGAGACUAUAAAGUUAUCGCUUGUUCAUCAAUGACAAAAGCUGCCUCCCCAACGUACAAAGAAGAUUGGAGUUUUGGCACAAAAUCACGUACUAUAUUAGCAGAAGAUCCAAUAGAAUCAAAGUAUUAUGAUUCAAGAAGUCAUAGAGAUGUGGGUGUAAAAUCAAGACUAGAUUCGGUACCAACUAAAUCACGAGUUAUGGGUGUUUUAUCUCGGCCCAAAACGAGUUCUAGUUCGAUAUCUCCAUCAACCGGUUAUAGAAUUGUAGUAUCAAAUUUACAAGCAAAUGUUACACAAGAAGAUAUUAAGGAAUUGUUUGAGGAUGUUGGAGAAUUAUUAGUAUCCAGAUUAGUACGACCCGGCACCGCGGAAGUAAUUUAUAAAACUCUAAAGGAUGCUACUAAAGCUGUUGAAACUUAUCAUAAUAGGCAGUUAGAUGGGCACCCAAUGAAAUGUCUUCUUGUAAAUCCACGACCAAAAAAUAAUCCAACAGGGCCUGCUGUUAGGUCUCUCACAGAAUCCAGAAGAAGUGUUAGUUCAAGUUACGUACAACCAAGUUUAGGAGCGGUGCAUCGCGCAUUGUUCGAUGAUGCUUAAAUAAAUAUAUCACUUCUAAUCGGAAAAUGGCAUGCAUAAUGAUAAUGAAUUUUAUUCUGAAUAUGUCUAAAUGAAAUAAAAGUGGGAAUUAGGGAUGGAAUCAAGAAUAUAAGAAAACCGGUAUGCGUAGAAAACGGAAUUCUAAGUGGAAUUUUGUAUUAAUGAAACAUUACUUAGAUUAUUUUUAAUUUGUAUAAAACACAAUACGUUCCGGCAAUUAAAUGGAAUACUAUUAUAGCAACUGAAUUUAAUUUGUAAACGAUGAAUACAAGAAGUAUCUUGUAUGUUUAAUACACUCAAAUAAAACAAGCAUUUAGGAAUUUUUAA